AUAUAAAAUAUAAAUAUAAUAAUAUAUAAAGAAAUGAGCAAUAACGUGAUUAUAGCUAGUGCUGCUUUCAUAGUUAUAUCUGAGGGCUCCAAAAAAAAGCGUAAAUGUUGGAUGUCAGAGUUUCUGAAUAAAAGAAAUUGUAUAUGCACACCGCUUUUUAAAGAACUGGAUGUUAAACGCUUUCAUAACUUCUGUCGGAUGUCUGAAAUGGACUUCGAUAAGAUUUUAAAAUUGAUAUCUUCUAAAAUAUCGAAAGAAGAUACAAAGUUUAGAAAAAGUAUAACUCCAGCAGAAAGACUGGCAGUCACCCUCAGAUUUUUGGCAACUGGGGAUUCAUUUACCAGCUUGGAGUAUUUAUUUAGAAUAUCGAAGCAAUCUAUAUCCAAAAUUGUACCUGAAGUUUGUUCGGCUUUGCUCGAAGCAUUGAAAGAAUAUGUGAAGACGCCUAUUUCUCCUGAAGAAUGGUGCGCUGUUGCUAAAGUAUUUGAACAGAAAUGGAACUUCAACAAUUGUAUCGGAGCUAUAGAUGGAAAGCACUGUGUUCUUCAAGCUCCAUUUCAUUCAGGAAGCGAUUACUUCAACUACAAAUCUUCUUUUAGUAUUGUUCUUCUGGGUAUUGUGGAUGCAGAAUAUAAAUUUUUAUAUGCUAACGUAGGUUGCCAAGGAAGAAUAUCAGAUGGCGGCGUUUUUAAUAACAGCGCUUUCUACAAAUAACUUAAAAAUGAAACU